UAUCCUUGAAUCAGAACUAAGAUUCUUUUCAUAAGCAAGGCUGCAGAAUUUUCAAAGAACACGAUAUGUAACAAUCAACAUCUCUAAGUGAACUUAAGCUACAGCUCCUGCCUGUGGACGAUGGAGCUAAGGAGUUUUUUCAUGACUCAUGUAGAAAGCACACAUCUCCUGAAAAACACUGGCAACAGUAAUAUGGCUUUCAGAGUUUCCCCCUGUGUCUCAUAAGCAUGGCGGGCUGCCAGGCUGUACUUGAGUCCCGGUCGGGAUAAGCUAAUAGAAGUAGCUGAGUUGCACUCUGAGCUGCAGGAUGUGGGUGGAGGUCCGGACACACAUGGAGGAUCAUGGGACUGCUAAAGGUCACUGCUGAGAAUGAAGACAUGGAGUGGUUAAAUAGUAUAACCAGUCACACACACAGAAGAAGGACACAUAUGAGUGUGUGAAACUCAGGCAGGCAGCAGCUGGAACAAAGCUUAACAUGCAGAAUGAUGCAGAGCUUAAACAGACUAACUGGUGAGGUAUGUCUGAGGAGUUCUGUGAACUAGAACUUAUCAGAAGAUUCUGUGAAGAGUCCGGUUGACUAAUUUAAGACCAAAAUAUAUUUAUUAUUCUCUUUUGACUGCGUCCUGCACAAAACUCCCAGCUCCAACCUCAGGGUGAGUAAAAGCAUAGAGGAACCUCCAGGUGAGCCUGGAGCACCCGGCCCCAAAGAGAAAAUCAGAGCUUCUAGUUUUCCCUAAAGAAAGUAAAAGGUGCUUUGGGACAUCCAGGAUCCUGCAGAGCUCCAAUGUCUGAGGUGAUCCCUUUUCACAAGAGGACAGUUGUCAUAUUUUGAACAAAUAUAAUCAAUUAGGUGUUUACUUUUCCAAGACAAGGCCUUCUUUGGUACAUUACAACUUUCUGAGCCUGGCCAUUGCCUUCCUGUGCAAUUUCUCUCCUAAAACGUUCUCGCUUUCUCCCUUCGACUCGGAUUGUCUCCAAUUGCCAAUCAACAAACAGAAGGAGCAGUUGUGAACGAUGACGUAGAUUUUCGGCGUUGUACUUGAAUUGUGCUCUACCUGUAGUUUUAGUGAUGGCAGAGAAGGAAGGGAAUGAAGCCAUGCAGUCCGCAUUGGCCACGCCUCCAAAUAUUUAAUUACAGUAACAGUCGCAUCUUCGGCUCAACGCUUCUUUCUUCUCAGUGGAGGAUUGUUGUUCACAAUGCAGGCAACUCCCGGUGAGCCUGUGUUAGUGUGGAACUAACACAUUACAUAAGUCACAGGCAAACAUUAGUGACUGGAUAAAAUUUAGAACCUCAACAACAAUCAUUUCCAGGAAACAAUCCUUUCUCAACAGACCCUCCACAGCAAAGUGUAGUACAAGGGUCUAUAAAUGAAAAUAAAAAAAUGUGGGAGAGAGAAUUGAAAGAGUUAUGUUUUAAUUGUUUUUAAUGAUGUUUCAUGUGCACAUAUACCUAUGCUAUAUAGCCUGGAUGAUUUCAGAUUUGUACAUUUUUAUAACGGAGAGAUAAAUGAUAAAUGAAUUCAGCAAGUCAAAAACAAUUUCGACUUGCUGUUGCUGUUGUUGUGUAUUUUGAAAGACAAGAAUUGGUAUUGAGAAAUCAGAAGGUUACAAAAUCCGCAACCAGAUAUUGGUCAAUCUCAUGGUUAACUGUAUGACACAAGAAAUGGUGGUUUUAGCCCUCUGAUGUCCUCUUAACAGUCUCACCAGAAGCAUUUGUUAUUGUAAAUUUAUCACUAAUUCAGUGCUUUUUCAGUUAGUUUCUUAGCUACAGGCUCAUCACUGACAUUUAUCCCCAGUAGUCUGCUUACCUCUGAGCAGGUGAACCAUUAGUACAAUCAUUUCCUUGUAAGGAGCUGUGUUGACAGACUCUGCUGUUUUCAUCAUUUUUGUACAUACAGUACAACUGAAACCAGAUAUUUACUUACACUCAAAACUCAUCUAGAACAUUUUUUAGAAAUAAUUUUAUAACUUUGACAUACAGUUCAAAAGACAUUUAUCCCUGAUGCUGACCGAAACGUAUGUAAGACUGUGAAUUCAAGGAAAGUCACAAUAAAAAUUCUGAAAAAUGUUUUGGCCAAAUUUUCUGGCAUGUAAAAAAUAAAAAUAAUUUUAGUAAUUCCAGCUGAUCUAAAAACACAGAAAGUUUGAGCUGACUUAACUUCAGACAGUGAGUACAAAAAGGUGUGUCUUUUUAUUCAGUACAUGUAAAUAUCAGAUUUCAUCUGUAUACAACAAAAACUGACGAACUUCCUCUAGUUUGGUAACUUGUUACUGAGGGUUUAAGUUAUCAGACACAUCCAGAAUUUGAAGGUUCUCAGCUCUUCAAGCCGUAAGUCAACUACCAACAUUUAUGUUUUUUUAAAUAAUUUAAUAUUUUCCUAUAAGUAUGGCACUGGACGUCUAACUCUUUGUUUUUAUUUGUGGCUGAUUUUAGGUAAAGAUAGAAAUGUUACCAAACAUUACUAAUGGAAGUCAAGAGGUUACACCGUGCAGCAGAGACGGCGACAACAGGCUGGGAGCUCAGCUGUCCAUCCUUUACUACUUCAUGUUCAUCUUCAGUCUGCUUGGCAACGGGCUUGUUCUGUUCAUCAUCUACCGCUUCGAGAGGCUGAUCACUGUGACCAACAUCUUGCUGCUGAACCUGGUGGCGUCCUCCCUCAUCUUCAUGAGCAGCCUUCCCUUUGUGGCCGUCUACAUGCAGAUGUCUGAAUGGAUUUUUGGCUCAGCUAUGUGCAAGAUCGUCUUCAGUGCCUACUACCUGGGCUUCUACAGCUCAGUUUUCUUUUUAACUCUGCUGAUGUUUGACCAACACCUGGCUGUUGUGUAUUCACUGCCUGCUGCUCAUGUGAGGAAUCGACGUUACGCAGUCAUUUCCUGUGUGGUGGUGUGGCUGGUGAGUGGUUUGGCUUGCAUCAGGCCGAUGCUUUCCCUCAACACUUUCACAUAUUUAAACAGUUCAAUGCAUUGUGAUUAUUAUCCCAUCGAACUCCCGAAUUUGGAUGUAGUGGUAACUGCUGGAUUUUAUAUCCAGCUUUUUGUGUUCUUCAUCCUCCCUCUGGCUGCUAUUAUCUACUGCAACGUCAGGAUCACAAUCACUGUCAUAUCAACAAGAAUAGCUUCUAAAUUUAAGACAGUCAGGCUGGUCUUAGUCAUCAUACUGCUGUGUUUUAUCUGCUGUACUCCAUUCAGUAUUGUUGUAGUGCUUCUGGAACAUGAACCCAAUAGCUGUGAGGAAUCACAGAAACUCGGUUACGCCCUUCAGAUCACUCGUAACAUGGCGUACUUUUACUUUUGCAUCAGUCCUUUCUUCUACACGUUGCUAGGGGCGAAAUUCCAAGAUCGUGUCAGACUGUUGUUGGUGAAAUGUUUCCCACGAAUGAAGACAGACAUUUCUCUGGCUGAAUGCAGCCCAGCUACCCUGCCAACAAAAAAUCCAACAAAAGACGAAACCUUGAUCAGCAAUGAGUAAGUUUUAGGGUCGACCACUGUGUCCCACCAAUCAGUAGCUCUAUAACAGGAGAGUUUCUGACCAGGUUCCUAAAAUUAGAAGCCUGUAUGUCAACAGCUCAGCUGCAGUGGACCCAGAUCAAAUGCAAAAAGCUAAUGUAAACAAGAACAAGAUGGUGGACAGAAAAAAUGCCUAACCACUGUACAUCUGUAUAAUUUCUGUGGUUUUGUUUGCUGUAAAGGUUCAGUAGGUUAUGGUCAUCUGGUUUUAUUUCACUGAUUUCAAAGACAAGCUCUAGCUUUCUGGUUGAUCUCGAGUGUUAUGACAUUUAUUUUGUAAAGUGCACCAGUCUCCCCAGCAGCAAAACACGAUUCUGCCAAGCCUGUACUUUAAAGUUGGGAUUAUGUUCCCAGGCUUGGAAGCUUGCCUCUUUAUUUUCCAAGUAUAAUGAAUGUUAUCUCAUUAUCCUUUCUAUUUUAGUUUCAUCACUCAAUCGUUUUGUUCAUUUUCAUCUGUUACCUGGUUUAUAAUGUUACAAGUAAGCCUAUCACGACAAGCAAUUCAAAUUAAAAUGAGCUCUGUAAUUUUCAUUCUGUUGAUUAACUUUUUUAGGAGGGACAAUUUGUUUACAGAGAUUUUGUAAUUCAUUUUAUUUAUUUAGUUGUGUGUGUGUUCUUAUUUCAGUUUGCUUUUUGUUUCUGGCUGUGCUUCAUUUUGGCUAUUUAAAACCUCUUCAGUUCCAGUGUUAAGCGUUCUGUACAAAAUUAAUCCUUAACUGGUCUUGAGAAAGCAAACUUGCAUUGUUUUGACAUUAUCAAUAUAUUAUUUAAAAAUCGUCAACAAUAAGACAGCAAUGUUAUAGUUUCUUACCAUGCUUACCAUGAUUUAUCAUACAGCAAAAUUUGUUAUGGUGACAGGACCAGUUAAAAGUGCUGUCUUCCUUGCAGCGUGGCCUUUCAGCAUAUGUUGCUACAGAUCUUGUAUCAGGGUGAAAAAGGUUGUCUUCCUACCAGCUGCAGAUUGUUAGGUUAGAUUGUGGGGAUGAUUCAUACAUUUCACUCCAAAACAUGUUAAUAUCUGAAACACAGACAUGCUGGACAUUCCCAUGCUGUGUUUUACUUCUAGUUACAUAGCCUUACAUGCAACAUUUACACGGAUAAACACGGCACCUUCAGGUAUCUGGAAAUUGCAUCUAAAGAUGAACCAAACAUGUGGUUCUUCAGUAAACUGAUAAAAAAGUUUUCCAUAAUGUUCCAGGAGGAAGAAGUAGGUUUUAUUUGUCGCCUUAAAAAUGCAUCCUCAGGUAUGCUUCCAUUUAACUCAGAUGUUGUAAAUUAACUUAAUACAUAAUUAAUUUAUGUACAAUCUCUAAUCAGCAAAUGGCCAUUUCCUUUGGCAUGUAUAUCAUUUAUGUGGUGCAAAUGCAUGUGCACCUUACCUGCAGCUGAGUUGGCAUCGUCUUGGAUCAUCUAUCUCUGCUGUACAAACCUCACAAAGUCAUCAACAUAAUCAAUAUAGAUGUUUUCCUGACACUGUUUAAUUGUUUUAAUGCUUGUUUUAUGUUAUGAUGGUGUAAAUUGGGAAGCACUCUGGUCAACUGCUGUUUUAAAUGUGCUGUACAAAUAAAUUUGUUCAAAAUCCUU